GACGCCCUUUUGUCACAAUCACGUGGUUCUCCGUGAACACGCUGUGGGGUCUCGCCUUCAAGUGUCCCACCAUUAUUGACUAAUUUAGGAAAGUUGCUAAUAAACCGUGUAGUCCAAAAAUAAAAACACCGAGGAGACAAUGACAGAAAUCGAAACGAAUGCCGUCGAAAGUGUUAUCCCAGAUGGUGAAGGAGACAACGAGUUUAAGCAGUGUGACCAGAUUUCAUUUUAUCGACGACAGAAGCAGGGAAAUAGGCAACAGUAUCACAUCUUGCUGAAUACUUUGGUGUUGACAGAAAAAGGAGCAGUAAUGGAGCUUCUGGACCGAAAUACUGAGGCACAGCUGGUUCUACAAGUAUGUGCCAUUAGAGGUGGAGCUAUUAGGCUUUUAGUUGAUGAACUCAAGCCAAUUCGACCCCGCUACAAGGUUCCAGAUGUUUUAACAAGAGAACCAGUUUACGAACGGUUGCACUUAGACAAAAAGGAAGAGAAUUCUGUUACACUGGGCUGGGGUGUCUCUCGGUACCAAGUCCGCAUACAAGCCUGCCCAUUGCUGCUGGAGGUGUUGUGCGAGGGGGAGGUGACUGUCACAUUAAACCAAAACGGCAGGCUGUACUUUGAGGUACUACAGGAUCCACCCGCGAUGAGGCCUUUGACGUCGGUGGAUGAAGAAGAGGACCCCACUGGAUUGUGGAGGGAGAAAUUUAAACAUUUUGUGGACAUCAAAGGAAGUGGGCCCAGUUCUGUAGGUGUGGACCUCAGGCUGUGUGGCUUUUCCCAUUUGUAUGGUCUUCCUGAACAUGCUGAUACCUUCCAGCUGAAAGACACUAGUGACGGAGAGCCCUACCGUCUGUACAACCUGGAUGUUUUCGGAUACGACAUUCACAGUCGCUUGGGACUGUAUGGUUCUGUCCCUCUUGUGCUGGCCCACAAUACCAGCAGGACUAUUGGUGUAUUCUGGCUGAAUGCAUCAGAGACGCUGGUGGACCUCCAGUGCAUCUCCGAUGGUGUGCCUUCCUCCGAUCUGCAGGGAUUCACCCCUCCUCCGGCGAAGAGGAGGUACUUGCAGCCCCACACAGACCUUACUUGGAUGUCAGAGAGUGGUGUGAUUGACAGCUUCAUUCUGCUUGGCCCUGGGCCCCCCCAGGUCUUCUCUCAGUAUGCUGAGCUGACCGGUUACCAGGCCAUGCCCCCCCUUUUCUCCCUGGGUUACCACCAAUGCCGCUGGAAUUAUGAGAAUGAGGCUGAUGUCAAGGAAGUGGAUGCUGGGUUUGAUAGCCAUGCCAUUCCUUAUGAUGUCAUGUGGUUGGACAUUGAGCAUACGAACGAGAAGCGGUACUUUACCUGGGACCCUCGCCGGUUCCCCAAUCCUAUAUGUCUGCAGCGCCACCUAGAGGAGCGAAACAGGAAGCUGGUGGUCAUCAGUGACCCUCACAUCAAAGUGGAUCCUGCCUGGUCCAUUUACUGUGAGGCCAGGAAGUCAGGCCACUUUGUGAGGGACAGGGAAGGAGGUCCGUUUUGUGGGCGCUGCUGGCCAGGUGCCUCAUGUUACCUGGACUUCAGCAGCAGCACCGUCCGGACGUGGUACUCCUGUCUCUUUGCUCUGGAGAAAUACAAGGGCUCCACAGAAAACAUGUUUAUAUGGAAUGACAUGAAUGAGCCGUCUGUGUUUGAUGGGCCAGAGAAGACCAUGCCCAAGGAUGCGGUACAUUAUGGGGGUGUGGAACAUCGGGAACUCCACAACUUGUAUGGCUUCUAUCAGCACAUGGCUACGGUGGACGGUCUGAUAUCUCGAUCACACGGCCUGGACAGACCAUUUGUCCUGUCGCGCUCCUUCUUUGCAGGGUCACAGAGACUGGGUGCAAUAUGGACAGGGGACAAUAUGGCCACCUGGGAAUACUUGAAGAUCUCAAUCCCAAUGCUUUUGGCCCUGAGUGUUGCGGGGAUAGCCUUCUGUGGGGCGGAUGUUGGAGGGUUUUUCCGGGACCCGGAGCCAGAAUUGCUGGUUCGUUGGUAUCAAGCAGGGUCACUGCAGCCGUUUUUUCGGGGUCACUCCUGUCGAGAGACGAAGAGGCGGGAGCCCUGGCUGUUUGGAGACCCCUUUACUGCCGCUAUUCGCGCUGCAGUUCAGCAGAGAUACUGCCUGCUGCCUUAUUGGUACACGCUCUUCUAUGAAGCCCAUACCUCUGCUCAACCCCCUAUGAGACCACUGUGGGUGGAGUUUCCUGGGGAGCAGGACACCUUCUCCGUGGAGAAUCAGUACAUGAUUGGAAAUGCUCUUUUAGCCUGUCCCGUGGCUGAUCCUGGAGUCACAGAGGUCAAGGUCGUCCUUCCUGGAUCCAGUGAGUACUGGUAUGAUGUCCAAACAAAUGUGAUUUUUGCUGGUGGCAAAACGUUGAGUCUGCCGGUGACCUUGGACACUGUUCCCCUUUUUCAGCGUGGAGGUACAAUAGUGCCCAGAAAGACUGAAUCAGGUUCUUGUUCGGCCGAUCUGCAGAAAGUUCCCUUCACUCUUACCGUGGCUUUGGAUUCCAAGGCUUGUGCCAUGGGCCAGCUCUUCCUGGACGAUGGACACUCCUUCAGUUAUCAGGACAGGAAACAGUAUUCUCUCCGCAGGUUUUCUCUGCAGGGGGGCCGUCUGGUGUGUUGUUCUGCCGACGAUGCAGGGCUCUUUGACCCUGGGUGCACGGUCAGUUCUGUCAGCUUCUUGGGGGUAAAGAAUAAACCGUCUGCUGUAACGACACGUAUUUCUGGCGUGGAAGAAAUCUGCAAAUCAGUCCAGUAUCAGGGAGAGAAGCAUUUGCUGCUGGUGGGAGACCUGAAUCUCAAUGUGGGAAAAGACUGGGAAAUUAAAAUUCAGUAGAAAGCAGUUUACAAAAUGCACUUUGCUUCAAGGUUGGAUGGCUUCUAUGAGGCCUUGAAAGGCGGUAAAGCUGCUGAGUCUAUGCAGGACUUCACUGGUGCAUUGAGGGUGGCUCCCAGAGAUCUCUGCAAGUUCAUGCUGAAAACCUUCCAGUGCCUUGAUGGCCUCUUCCAUUGGUAUGAGAACCUCAUUACUGUAUGUCUCUCAGAAUCAAAUCAACCUACUCUGGUUUUUCCAUGAUGCAAAAAGCAGUACUAACACACAGUCCAGAGCUCAAAGAAAGAAUCAAGCUCAUUUUGAAGCUGUUAUGAAUUCUUUUUUAGGACAGUUGGCUUCAGAUUUGGACACACUCUGGUAAACACUUCCUAACACCAACCACCUGCCCUGCCUCAUCUUCAGUCCAUCUGACCUGGCAUCAAAACAGUUCUAGACAGAACAGCGAGUUCAGUUAAUUGAAAUGACUAACAUGAUUGCUUUAUUUGUUAAUAUGAAUGUUAAAAGCAGAUGUUGUCAUGUAAAAAUGCUGACUGGCUGUUACCAUCACCAUAUAUCAUUUUCUACAAGUUUUCUGUCGUUUUCGAAUAAUAUAAUAUCUAUUUUACUGAUCCCAGAGGAAAAUUCCUUUGCAUACAGCAGCAAGUAAAUAAAGUCAAAAUAUAUAAUUUUAU